AUGGCCGACUCCAAAGAUAACAAGGCGUACAAAUAUCGCCAAGAAAUCAGCCAGAUGAUGUACGUCUCUGGCGAAACUGGCGAACCAUCCGUCGAAACCACCAGCAUCAUAGAAGACAUUGUCCGACAACAAGUCAUAGAACUACUCCGCAACUGCACAGAGCUCGCCUCCCGGCGCGGCUCCAAAUCCAUAUCCACAAACGACCUCAUCUUCCAAAUCCGCCACGACCAAGCCAAAGUCAGCCGCCUCCGCACCUUCCUCUCGUGGAAAGACGUGCGCAAAAACGUCAAAGACUCCGAAGACAAGGGCGCGGACGCGGACCUCGCAGGCGGCGACGACGCCGUCGUCCCCGGCGGGCCCGUCGACGAAGCCGCCAAGAAGAACAAAAAGGCCAAGGUCGGACUGCCCUGGGAGCCCGCGUCCUUCUACUCCGUCGAAGUGCCGGAGCGGGACGACGAAGAGGACGAGGAGGAAGAGGAGAUGAACUACAUUACGCUCCAGCGGCUUAGGAAGGCUGACGAGCGGACCAAGGCCAUGACCAAGGAGGAGGAGCGGUUCAGGGAGUGGGCGGGGUUUGGCAUCGUCACGGACAGCAAGCCGUCGGACGACAUUGUUGAUAUACUGGGGUUUCUGACGUUUGAGAUGGUCGCCACGCUGACGGAGGUGGCGCUCAAGGUCAAGGAGCAGGAGGACAUGGCGAGGGCGCAGAGCGGCGCGGACAAUGCGGGCACGAAGAAGAGGAAGAUGCAGCUGGGGGGACUGUUUGAUCCGCCGAGUGAGGGAAAGACGCCUGUUGAGCCGAGACACGUCCAGGAGGCGUUUAGACGGUUCCAGCAGCGGCCUAAGAAGACGAGGGCGAUGCUGAAUGGCACAAAGAUUGUGCAGAAGACGCCUCUUAAUAUUAUUUAA